AUGGCAGCACUCCGCGAAGAGGUGCUGCCCAACAUCCCUUGGGUAUUGGAGCUCCCCAUAUCCAGACUUGUCGCGGAGCGCGUCGCCGUCGCUGUCGCCGUGGCGCGAUCUGAGUCUGACCUCCCGAUGCCCGACUACAACUACUACCUGAACCGCGACCGGCCCCUGGCGGAUCGCUUCGCAGGCCCCAAGUAUUCCAAGAAGCCGCUGGCCUGGAAGCUUGCCAAAGCCAUAAAGGCCGCGAAGUACCCGCCCACUCCGCCCAAGGGGCUUAAGGUGAAAGUUGGAUCCGCCAAGGUGGCGGACGCCGCGUAA